AUGGGUGGAGGCAACGACUUUAAGUCAGUGACCAAGAAAGAGGUGGUUGAUUUUAUUCACUCCAACAUCAUUUGUCGGUUUGGCAUUCCAAAGAUAAUUGUCACCGAUAAUGCUGCAAAUCUCAACAGUCAUUUGAUGCAAGAAGCAAAUGGGGUUGUAGAAGCUGCCAACAAGAACUUAAAGAAAAUACUUCGCAAGAUGGUACAAGGUUCCCGACAAUGGCAUGAAAAGUUACCUUUUGCUUUAUUGGGUUAUCGUACUACAUUUUGGACUUCAAUUAGUGCAACUCCUUACUUGUUAGUGUAUGGAACUAAAGCAGUUAUACCUGCAGAGAUUGAGAUUCCGUCUCUUCAAGUAGUUGUGAAAGCUGAAAUUAAUGAAGACCAAUCGGUCAAGCCUCGUUUGGAGCAAUUAAUCUUGAUCGAUGAAAAACUAUUGAUGUCGGUUUGUCAUGGACAACGAUACCAGAAGAGAAUGGCACGAGCAUAUAACAAAAAGGUGUGUCACAGAUAUUUUGAAGUUGGUCAGUUGGUACUAAGACGCAUUCUACCUCAUCAGAUUGAAGCCAAAGGAAAAUUUUCUUCUAAUUGA